AUGGUGCCAAGCAGAAAAGACCCCAACUCUACCUACAGUGAAAAGAACCUGGCUCAGUGUAUUUUUGAUUUUUUUGGUGCUGGAAUAGACACAACCUUCGGUACUCUGAUGUGGGCACUGCUUCUCUUGACCAAUCAUCCCAACAUCCAAGAGAAAAUCCAGAAGGAAAUUGAAGAUGUGUUUGGCUUCUCAGGGUUGAUUUCCUAUCAGGAUCGGAAGAAGCUACCCUAUACCAAUGCCGUGAUUCAUGAAAUGCAGCGUUUAAAAAGUGUCUUGUUAGUUGGGCUUCCCAGACAAAGUACAAAGGAUGUGAACAUGAGGGGUUACCACAUUCCUAAGGGGACCAUUAUCGUCGCAGACUUGCGCUCUGUUCUUCUUGAUCCUGAGCAAUGGGAGACCCCUGAAGAAUUCAACCCAAAUCACUUUUUAGAUAAGGAUGGGAAGUUCCUUGAUCGAGAAGAGUUUUUGUCAUUCGGAAUAGGUCAGCGUUCCUGUGUGGGAGAGCAGCUGGCAAGAAUUGAGAUCUUCAUCUUUCUGACCAGCCUGUUGAGGGCCUUCAGCUUCCGGUUGCCUGAAGGAGUGAAAGAACUCAAUGAAGAACCUGUCGAAAAAGUGAUGACACAUCCACACCCUUACAAACUGUGUGCUAUUCCCUUACAAUCUUAGGACUAAACACCAUAAAAAGCAUAAAAUUAGUUACAGAGUAGCUAUUCAGUAUGAUAAAUAUUUCUAAUAUGCUGAUAAUCCCUUAAUAUUGUAUUUUGCUUCUAUUUACUCAAUACUGAAACUUUUUCAACCUAUUGCUGGGUUCACACAACAUACCUAAGAAGGUCAACCUAAGAUUAGGAGGAUGUGGGUGAAAAAUGUACUAACUAAGCUUUCCAAAAAGCAACUGGACUUUCUUGAUGACAAAGAAUAUAAAUCCUUCCAUUCCCCACCAGUCAAUUAGAACUAAAGAAGCUUCUUGGAUGAUGAGAAGCGAAAUGUUUUCAAAUAAGAUAAAAAACACCCAAGAAAGUAUAGGUGCUUUUUGCAAUAAAGCACCUCUGGAAUAACCAUGAUCUGGAUGGUUGUGAAUCUCCAUAGAUGUUAAAAUGUUUAUGUUUCACCUUUGUUUCUUUUUGGAUGCCAAUAAAACGUAUUGCUUUCCAUUUA